CCGAACUGCAACCCGCGCAAGUGCACCCUGCUGGUUUCUCUCCGUUUGAUAGUUUCGUGUUCCCAGAUUGGCCCAGUGAUGCAUUUGCAAAUUCCUUCAUAAGCGUUGCUGCAAUUUCAGCAGAAUGCCGGGCUCGCGCUCGAAGCUCCUUCUCCGCGCGUGUAGCUCGUGGCCUGCGCUGAGCGCCGCGAGCGCGGCGCAGCGGUGGCGACUGCUGGGCACCAGCACAACAUCGCAAUUGGGCGCCAGCGACGCAGCGUCGUCGGCUGCGACACAGCAACCGGUGCCGGCGUCGGCGCCGUGGGGCCAGCCCGCAGCGUCCGCCGCGGGCGCGCUGCCGCUUGCGGUCCCUGCCUUCAGCGUAUGGGGUGCCAACACGAAUGUGGGCAAGACGCUUGUGAGCGUGGGCCUGGCACACGCAGCCGCGGCGCUUAAGGUGCCCCUGGCCUACGUCAAGCCGGUGCAGACGGGCUUCCCGGCGGAUUCAGACGCGCGCCUGGUGGCGCUGGCGUGCGGCGGCGCGGCGGAGCCGGGGCAGCAUGCGGCAGUAGCAGCGCAGGAGGCGGCGCAGCCGCUGGGCAUUAGCAGUAGCAGCAGCGGGGUGCUGGGCUCGGGUGCGGGUGCGGGUGCGGGUGCGGCGGGCGGGUAUGUCGCGCCGCGCUGCUCCACGCUGUUCGCGUGGCGGCACGCGGUCAGCCCCCACCUGGCGGUGCAGCUGGAGGGCCGUGCCGUGAGUGACGAGCAGCUGGUGGUGGCCACCGGCCGACACAUGGCUGCAGCCGCCGAGCAGCUGCAGCGGCAGGCUGUAGCAGCGGCGGCAGCGGGCGGCGCCGGCAGUAGCAGCACCACCAGCAGCAAUGGCGGCAGUAGCAAUGGCGGCAGUAGCACCAGCGCCAGUCGUGCGCUGCUGCUGAUGGAGACGGCGGGCGGGGUGACCAGCCCCGCGCCCUCGGGCCGACUGACGUGUGACGUGCUGCGCCCGCUGCGGCUGCCCUGUGUGCUGGUGGGCGACCCGCGGCUGGGCGGCAUCGCGGCCACCCUGUCCGCCUACGACAGCCUGGUGGCGCGAGGCUGGGAGGUGGAGGCGGUGGUGCUGGUGGGGCAGUCCCAGUCCUACGCGGCGGGCGGCCCCCAGGUGGCACUGGACAACGCCGCCUUCCUGCGCGCCCACCUGUCCCACCCCGCAGCCGCCCUGCACAGACUGGGAGCGCCGCCGCCCGAGGUGGUGGCAGUGCCGGGCUGCGGCGCCGCGCCCGAGGGCCACGACGUCCGCCGCGACGGCCUGGACGCCUCCCUCACCUCCUGGCUGGCCGCCUCCCGCCCCGCCUUCACACACCUGCUGGAGGCGCUACAGCGCCGCCACGCCGCCCGACUGACGCGGCUGGCGGCGGCGGCCGCCGCCGCUGAGGCGCAGCUGUGGUGGCCCUUCACGCAGCACGCCAGCCUGGCGCCCGGCGCCGCCGCCACAGUCAUUGACAGCCGCUGUGGCGACACCUGGAUGGCACUCAGCCCGCCGGCGGCGCCACAACCAGCUACAGCCGGCGGCGGCGCCGCCGCCGCCGCCUCACUGACUCCGUUGUACGACGGCAGCUGUAGCUGGUGGACGCAGGCGGCGACGUCGGAGCUGCAGCCGGAGCUGGCUCGGGCGGUGGGCGCGGCGGCGGGGCGCUACCUGCACGUGCUGUUUCCCGAGGUUGCGCACGAGCCGGCGCUGGCGGCGGCGGCGGCGCUGCUGGGGCCGCGCGGGCCGGGCGCGGGCUGGGCGGAGCGCGUGUUCUACUCGGACGAUGGCAGCACGGCCAUUGAGGUGGCUCUGAAGAUGGCCUUCCGCAAGUUCCUGGCGGACCGCGGGGAGCUGGGGCUGGACAGCCCCGGCAGUACCAGCCCCGACAGCACCGGCAGUAGCAGCACCAGCACCACCAGCACCAGCAGCAGUAGCGGCAGUAGCAGCGGGGGCGAGCUGCUGGUGCUGGGUCUGGCGGGGGCCUACCACGGCGACACGCUGGGCGCGCAGGACUGCGUGGCGCCCAGUGUGUUCAACGGGCGGCUGCAGGCGCCCUGGUACCGAGGCAGGGGGCUGUUCCUGGAGCCGCCCUACGUGGGCAUGAGCCAGGGUCGCUGGCAGCUGCAGGAGCCGCCCGCCUGGCUGCGCCGCCACCACCCCGGCCCCCUGCCCAGCUGGGACUCCCUGGAGGAGCUCAUGGCCGGCAGUAGCACCAGCACCGGCAGUAGCAGCACCGCCAGUAGCACCGGCAGCAGCCAGCUGCAUGCAGCUUACACGGCCUACAUCGAGUCGGCCAUUGACGAAUUCGAGGCGGGUCUCAAGGCGCAGGCGGCGGCGGCGGCUGAGGCAGCUGCAUCAGCCCGAGCCAGCGGUGCUGCUACAGCCACUGCUGGCGCUGCUGCAGCUGCAGCUACGGCCGCCCCGGGCCGUCUGGCUGCCUGCAUUAUGGAGCCGCUGCUGCAGGGCGCGGGGGGCAUGCUGCUCAUUGAGCCGGGCUUCCAGAGGGCCCUGGCACAGGUGGUGCGCGGCCGCCGCCUGCCGCUCAUCCUGGAUGAGGUGUUCACGGGGCUGCUGCGUGUGGGCCACGUGUCGGCGGCGGCGGCCCUGGGCGUCACGCCCGACAUCGCCUGCUACGGCAAGCUGCUGACGGCCGGCGCGGCGCCGCUGGCGGUGACGCUGGCGAGCCGGGAGGUGUUUGAGGCGUUCUCGGGCCCGAGCAAGCUGUUCGCGCUCCUGCACGGCCACUCCUACACCGCCUACCCCAUCGGCGCCGCCGCCGCCGCCGCCGCCCUGCAGCUGCUCACCGACCCCGCCACCAACCCCAACCUCUGCGCGCCCGGCCGCGCCGGCUGCUGCGGCAAGAGCCCAGCCUGCGUGGCGCCGUGCGGCCGACUGCUGCCGCUGUUUGAUGAGAAGGGUGUGGUGGCUGCGCUGUCGCACCACCCGCUGGUCAGCCGCGUGGUGGCGCUGGGCACCGUGCUGGCAGUGGAGGUGCGGCAGGCGCCCGCCUCCACCCCCACCUCCUCCCCAACCACCUCCGCAACCACCUCCCCCACCUCCUUCCCAACCACCUCCCCAGCCACCUCCCCCAGCUCUAGCUGCCCCUCCUCGCCAUCCUCCCCAUCCUCCCCAUCCACGUCAGCAGCGCAAGCAGCAGCGCAAGCAGCAGCGCCAGGUGCCGGCUCGGCGGCGCGCUACGCAGCCGUCAGUUCGGCGGCGGUGGUGCGGCGGCUGCGGUCGGAGCACGGCAUCUACGCGCGGCCGCUGGGCAGUGUGGUGUACCUGAUGCUGCCGCCCUCUGCGCCCAGGGAGCGGGCGGACUGGCUGGCGGGGUGCCUGGCGGCGGCGCUGGAUGCGUGCUUGGCGGAGGCACAGGCGGAGGCACAGGCGGGGGGGAGUGAGGGGGCGGGCAAGGGGCGGGAGGAGGGCGUGGUGGUGUGAUUGGGCGGUAGUGUAUUAGUGUAGGUGGGUGGUUGGAUGCGGGAGUUGCGGGAGCGGUGACGGCGUGAGCAGGGUGAGCAGGGAGGGAAGAGUGGGCUGGGUGGGCUGAGCGAUGUCGACGUGGUGAGACGUACGGCGAGACGUACGGCGAGAUGGUGGUGCACAUGCAUGCCUACCCACUUACUUGCAGUGCAGCCCGCGGGCAGGAGCAGGUGGGCUGCUGGUUGCGUGUGAUCCAACAGGACAUGAGAGCGUGAGUGGUGAGCGCACGGUAUGUGGAUCAAGAGCCCCCAGGGGUGAGCGUACCGUACGUAGCCCGGAAGAAUGAGGAUGUGUGUAAUCGGAUGUGCUGCCCCUGCGAUGUUACGGCUUAUUGUGGUGGUGCAUCAGGGGUGCGUUCCCCGCUGAGUGGUUGGCAUGGCGGUGCGGGCCUUGUUGAGAUUACAGCUGUUCCCGCCCCACGCAUCAGGAAGAGGGACACUGACCGAACGGUGGCGCAUAGGCGCAUUUCACGCA